AUGUUUGGGAGUAAUCCCUUCGGGGAAUGCCCAGAGUCAGUCCCUGUAAACUUUGAACUUAUAUGUUUUGAUACCGACCAAUUAAUAAGAGAUAUGAGCAUGUUUCUCAAUUUCGUUCUUAAGCUGGAUAUUUAUGAUCUUCGAACUCAAUUAAAAGAAAACGUUUAUGGGGGACAUGGGUAUUCUAUACAAAAGUACUACUAUCUUAUCAAUUAUUAUAAAGUUCCAUUUCAUUCUCUUGAAUACGUAGUACCAUCAGCGGUAUUCCCAUCAUUUGGAAAAGAGCAACAAAGUAUAUAUAUUCUUAAUCUUUCGACUGCUGUGAUAUAUUUGUGUUUUGCACAGCCAUUUAUUCCAUACGACUAUAACGAUUUAAUCGAGCAAGAAUCCCUGGGUGAAGUUCCAAUAUCCCCACUUAAAUACAAUGAUUUAUUUUCUUUAUCAGAUGCCAUUCCGAGUUGUUUUUUAUUGUUGAAAAAUGAGCAAGAACAAGAACAAGAACAAGAACACGAAACCGAUUUUGAUAUAUCCCCUGAUCAUUGGAUAAUUAGUACAUGGGUUGAAACGAUCACCCAAUUAUGUUUAGCAAAAAUCCACAAAAAUAUCCAUGAGAGAAUUCAGCAAUCUUUACCAAACAGUGGAAUCGUUUUUUUCACUAAAAUGAUGGAGCUUGUAAAUGAUGAGUUUUCUGUUCUUAAGGGGUUUCCUGCAGCACAAGAAAGGGUUACCGAGAUUACCGAUAGGUUAAACAGCAAUUUAAAAGCUGGAAGUGGGAAUUUAAUGGAUGUUGCUAUUGAACUCAGCGAAGACUAUCCUUUUAAAAGAUUUAUUGGACAGAUGUUUACGGUACUCCAAAAAGCUUAUGAUGAAUUGAAACAAAAUGCUAGUGCUUAUUUGGUUGAUAGCAAAAUCUCAUGCGAUAAAGUAUAUAAUUCGGAUAAAAGAAAAAAACGAAAAAAAAACAGAGAUCAAUACCGAGAGAAGAAACGGAGUAAAUCUUUAAAAGACGUUGUUUCCGAUUUUGAUAGCCACCAUUUGCAACCAGAAUCAAAUAUAAAACUAACUGGAUUCCAAGUAGAAAACCCAACAUCGCAAAUUUCUGAAAACAAUUUGGAAGCCUCAUCGUUAAAAAAAAUUGAUAAUAUUAGCAGUUUUUUGUCUUCAGUUAAAUCACCAAAUAAUCCAUUUCCUAAUGACAAAAAUGUGCCUAGCUAUACUACGAACGGUUCAGAGAUUUCAUCAGUGAAAGUUAACGAAACGAUUCACGUUUGGAAGAGUGACAAUAAUACCCAAAAGUUAUCUAGCUUGAAUCAAAAUCGACAAACUGAUAUUGCAAACAGUGUCAAAGAAAUUUUCAAUCAAGAUUUUUCUUUAAUUGAAAAAGGGAAAAGAAUUUGUGCUGAAAAUGAACUUAAUGAUACCACACAGGCCCAAAAAGUCGGUUCUAGUAAGACACUAGAUAAAAUCAAAUAUGCUGAAACCUUGCAAUCUAAAACAUUAUCAAAGAGCAAAUUAUUCAGAGACCCUAUUUCUAAAGAGCAAGCAGCCCAGAAACAAAAACCAAAUAAGUUGGCAGAUAUAAAUAAAUCGACCGUGAUUCCUUCUGCUAUUUUUGAGCAGCGUGCUUUGCAUUCAAAGGAAGGCCUCUUGAGACACUCUAUGUCACAUGUAGAAAAUGAACCAUCUAUCAGUAAUCCGAAAACCUCAAGCCAACGUUUAUCUAAAGCAACGUCAGAUGAAUUAAAAAUACCACAAUACCUCGAUAAAUUAGAUAUUCCAGUGGGCGCACCUUAUGAAGCUUGGAGAAACGCUAUCAUUAAAUCAUACACACAGUUUUUAAAAUCGACUAUUUUUGAACCUGAUAUAAAUGAAAUGCAAAACAUACAUCAAAAAGUGUUUGAUAGAGUUCUUUCAUCUUUCCAACUCAAAAUUACUGACGCUUUUAAGUCUCCAAGCUUUGAGCAAAUAAUUAAUCGGGUCUCUACGAUUAUGACAGAGGUUGCAUCACAAUACCCUUCACAGCAAAAGAUUACAGAUAAACCAUAUGCAUCUAAUAAAAAACCAGUUGCAUCUAAAAUGGUACAACAAAAGUCGUCGAUUUCAAAAUCCACCAUCACUUCUCACACAAGUCAUCCUCUUCAAUCUUUAAAAGGGGCUGCGCCAGAAAAAAUUAACGAAAAGUUUACAAGUGGUAAAAACACCAUUGAAACAUCAAGGAAAAGCAUUAGUUCUUCCAAAAAUAUUCAUGACAGACAUAAGAUAUACAUUAUUGAUGAAUCAGACUCUGAUAAUGGGGAUGUGGAAAUUACUGGAGAAAACAAACGCCAAAAUCCAGCUAUGUCGACUGUGAGCUCAUUGCGCAAUCCUCUAUUAAAUAUCUCUUGUGACAAGUAUUUGUUUUUAGAAGAUGAAGCUAAAGCUUUGAUCACUUCUGAAAAAAAAGAAGGGUUAAUUCAUAAUCCUACCAUAUCGGUAUAUUUUGCAUAUUUUAUCCAAAAGUUAGGUAAACUUUAUGGUAAACCUUCUAUUUCAGAUAAAUUUUAUGUUACAUUUAUAAAUGCUUGUUGUCGAGAGUUUAUUAAAAGUAUGACACCUUCGCAACUCAGUCUCUAUUUUGAAACUAGAAAGAUUAGUUACACUUUUUUUCAGGCACGAUCACUUUCUCAUAACAAUUGUUUCAGCAUAUUUUUUACUUAUCAGCAUUUGCCAUUUAUGAAGGUUUAUCGAAAUCAUGAAUUAACUAUUAUUACAAAAGCAGUCGAACAAUGUUUGCACAUCCAUGCCCUAGCAGAAGUAACUGAAGAUAUUUCAAAAAAUCCACGUCUUGUGAAAAUGUAUCCGUUUUACGAGCGGGAGGCUACACUAAAUCCAUUUAAUUCUUCUGAAGGAGAUGAAUUAGGAAGUGGUUCUUCCUCGUUAGGGUCAAGUAACAAUAGUCAUAUUCCACGUGUACGGAACAUUCCUAACUCUCUUUAUGAGGUUGUUCAACGGGUUGAAGAGGUUACACGUCUUCCUAAGAUUAACUUUAGUAUUUUAAAAGAAAGUAAGGAGUGA